AUGUUAAAUACCCAAGGACAUCAAUCCCCAGUAAAGCUCGUACCGUUAAUAAGAAGGCGCACCAGUCGAAAAAUCCGAUAUAUCACCCCGACUAAACUCACCCAAGACAUUUCUUCAUCAAGACAAACAGUUGGACAAAGUUUAGAAGAUUUGAGGAGAAGUGUAUCUCCUUUUUCUCCUGAAAAGUACAGUACAAAAUUUGCCUUUUACGAAGGCUAUAAACGGAUUAACACAAAUUCAUAUGCAAGACUAGAGAACUCGUCUCCUCAAGUCAGCUAUCUAAAAGAACUGUCUCGAUCUCAUAAAAAGCCGGAAACUCUUAGGCUGUUUCAUGAUGAGGAAGAAAAUGUAAGGUCUCUGUCUAUCAAUGAAUAUGGGAUAGGGGAUGCAUUUGCAACUGUUUUCUCAGCUGCUAUAAAAGAUCUCCCAAGACUGGAGAAAUUAAACUUAAAAAAUAACAGACUUAGAGAUCAAGGUGCAGUUAGCAUUAUUUCCAACAUAAACUCUCAGAAUUUAAAAUACCUUGACCUUUCUGGAAAUUUGUUAGGCUCUAAAAGUAUUUCUGCGUUAGCAGGGGUGCUUAAAAGUAACAACUGCUCUUUAGAAGUGCUAAAAUUAGGAUUAGGAUUAGAUUAUUAAAGUCAGGCCUUAGUCUUAGUUAAAUUUAUAGAGUAGCUCCCGGCCAGGACCGAAGGUCCUUUUCUUCCGCCUUUUGGACGCCUCGCUUCUUUCCUUGCCCUACUCCAAGUGUGCACCUAGGUGCCACAGGCUACCACUCAGCUCCUUCCGGUCAUGGGGCUUGGUCAUGCUAUCCCGGAAGUAGGCGAACUGGGCCACCGUGCUUAGUCUUAGUCUUAGUAAAGUCAGGCACUAGCCAUAUUGGUGACGCAGUCACCAAAGACCUCCAAUACAGAGGUUCUAUCGCUUUUCAGAGGAUUUAUCCCUCUUAUGAGUGCCAUUUUUCCGGUACUAAAAUUAGAAAGCACCAAAAUAUCAAGUGAAUCUAUCAAAGUGAUGACAGAAGCAUUAUAUUAUAAUGCAACCCUAAGGCAUUUAAACCUUGCUAAAAACAACCUUAACGAAGUAGCUGGAAUUCAUCUAGGAAAAUUAAUUUUUUAUAAUCGAUCGCUCAUAAGCUUAGAUUUACAUUGAAACUACAUCAGAGGAGAAGGCGCAAUUGGAAUUUUUAAAGGACUAAUAGACAACACAAAUUUGCAAGGUCUAGAUUUAUCAUGAAAUUCAAUGGGAAACGAUAAAAUACAUAAAACAUCAAUAGCGCUUUCAGAAGCUCUGGCUCAAAAUGAAAGGUUAAAGCAUUUCGAUCUGUCGAAUAAUUACAUCACUUUUGAAGAAAGCAAAGAUAUAGCCAAGGGAUUGAGCUUAAAUCAUACAUUGAUAGGAUUUCAUAUUGAAGGGAAUCAUUGUGUUUUAGAUGCUUUUGGGUAUAUCCAUCCAAAAAAUAAUACUUUCAAAGAAAAAUAUGACCAUUUUGCAUCGAGAAUUCUGACUAGGACAAAUUUCAGAAAAAUCAAUAGAAAUUGCUGGAUUUGUGAAGGAUGGACUGACUUGAAAAUUACCUGGAAUCCAGCUUGCAUUGUAUGGAAUAGGAGGCUUAAACAUUUUGCUAUGGAUAAAUUAAGCACACAGACAGAGCCUGUUUUUGUACAUUUUGAAAUUGAUGAUUUUCAGCCUCAUCUUUUGACUAAAACAGAAGAUGGGACAUAUGAGGCACUUCGAGCUGUAAAAACUGGGAAAGUCCGCUUUUUCUUUAGCUAUAGAGGAUUUGCACAGAUUUCAAGUCAAUUUAAGGUAGAAGCUUUAGGAGAAAGAUUGGAAAGAAAUUUUCAUUUUUAUGGAAAUUAUUCCAAAACCUUGCUGGUUGUUGUGGUUAAUUAUAUUGAUGUAGAGGAUAAUGGCCUAACUGUAGCUCCUCGUCCUAUUUUUGAAGAAUAUGUGCCACCUCCUGGGGAUAAGCCUGAGCCUGAUAUUCCUGUUUGGUCUUUAGAAACUUCAAUAUUUGCGAAAUACAUAACUGAUACAUCUGUAAUUUUAAUGUAGGAACUCCUUGAUCGGUGCUUUGAAUUUGAUUGGGCUAAUACCAAAAUUCAUAAUAUUAUUAAAAAUGGGGAAAUGCUCAAUCAUGUAAAAGAAUUUCUUAGGAGAGAAUACAAGAUAAUGUAAUAGUCAAAUAGAGAUAUGAAACUUAUAAGUAUCAUGCAUCGAUUGGGAACAGAAAUAAUAUUUUCCUUGUGAAUUCAAUGACAUUAACAGAGAUUUUCCAAAAGUGCAGUGUUUUUGAUAAACAGUUUAAAAUCUCUGAUAUGGAUUUGCAUAUUAAGGCAGCAAAUUUCACAAAUCAAGCAGCAGCACAAGGAAACCCAGCAUUUGGGGCUAUUAGGCAUGAGUUUUUGGAAAUAAUAGUAAGAUCAGCUCUUGAUAAAUAUAUGAGGUCAGGAGUUUGCGGAGAUGAAAUUACUGCUAUUAAAAGAUUCAUGGAAGAUAUUAGGCCAUAUUUCAGAAAUUUUGAUGCAAAUAAAUGAAGGUGGGAGCGGUAUUUCAAUGAAGAUUGUGAUGCCAUCAUUCAAAAUAACAAAGAUCUACUAGAAGCUGUAUAUGAAGCCAAUAGUGGAAAGUUUUCUAUGCCUGGAGAUCGCAGAUUUAUGGUCUUAGAUGAGUUUUUAGCACUUUGUCAAAAAGUGGGCCAUAUAAAUGAAAAAGUCAAUGCAAGGCAAGCAAUCAUUUGUUAUCAUCUAGCAAUGAUGACCCAAGUUGACGAAAUUAACUUAAAACUCCAUAUGCAAGCUUCGUUUUUAGAGUGAACAAAGAAAUUUUUUUUACUCACAGAGGGGGGUUAAUUUUUUUUUUUUUUAAAAAAUUUAUAAAAAAUUUUUUUUUUCGAAAUUUAAAAAAAUCCUAAUUCGCAAAAUUUGAAAGCAAAUAUUAAUUUAAUUUAUAAAAUUUAUGUUUUAAAAAGCAAUUCGUUUAAAAUUAAACAGAAUUAGCUCUAGAUUUCAUUAUACUAAUUAUCAUUUAUAUAUAUAAAAUUUUUUUCCAUAUAAAAUUUUUCUAUUAAAAAAUAAUUUUUGUUCACUCACGGAAGGUGGGUUUUUGGGCAAAAAAAUAGGGAUUUUUCUAAUGGUUUUGUUCACUCACGGAGGGGGGGAGUUAGAGUUUUUUAGAAGCCUGGGCAAGAUUGACUGAUAUUCAAGAAUCUGAUAAUCCGGAAGCAGAUAUUUUCAAAGUUUAUUCAGUAGAAGAUACACCUCUUGAUGAAAAAUUGGAAAAUUCAUAUGUUGAGUUUGCAGUGUUUAAGAAUCCAAGAAGAAUGAGAAAGCUUCUGACAUCUAUAAGAUAA